CAACAUAUCACGUUGUUUCAUACGGUAAAUGCUCAUUUCUUGAAGUGGAAAAAGCUGUGUUCACAAUCUGUGAUAAAUAUCAAAACAGAGAAGCACUGGGUAAUCUUUGUGCUGAUCUUUGUGAACUGAAUACAUUAAAGCCAAAUAACUGCCUUCCAAAUCAUUUAGGCAAAGAUGUAGUUUUUGAAGCUACUUAUUUCGAUAAUCAUGUGGUAAUGAAAUCUAGCAAGCUAGACUCGGAGGAUUUCGAUCAAAUAUAUUAUAAAGAUGAAGAAGGAAACAGAGUUCAUCCCGACUUUGAUGCUUUCUUUUCGAUGGUUUCCAAUACAGUAAAAUCCAACUUGGACAUAUCUCUAAUUCCUACACAGAAUGAAUCAUUAGACAUGUUAAGUAAACUUUGGACAAGAAAUAUGCACAACUUCCCAUAUCUGCCUCUUUCACUUCAGAAUGCUGCAAUGAAUAACAUAUGGUUUCUUAUUCAACAAACAGAGUAUUUACUGAUGAAAUAUUAUGAAGAGAUGAAUGUCUUUCCAAAAGUAAUUGGAACAUGUGGCCCAUUUUAUGUUGUUGAAUUCAUCCAGCCUCUGAAUAAUUAUUUCUUAAUGUUUUAUCCUGCCUGGAAAGAAGAGUUUAUUGAAAGAGCAAAAUUAGCUCUUAAAGUUCUUAAAUUUUUAGAAAAUACUGAGAAACAUUUUCCUUUUUUGCAUUUUUGUGAUGUAAAAGUGGGUCAUUUUGGUUUGGAUAAGAACUUUGAAGUCAAGUUACUAGACAUGGAUAUGGUCUUUUUUGAAAAUUCAUUGAUUAAAAAUAUUGUUGCUAUAAAAAACUGUACAAAUGAUCAAGACUGUUCCUUCAUUGACUGCAAAGGGGUGUGCAAUAUUGCUGAACAGACUUGUGAAGCUAAAGUGUUGGAUAAUAACUUCCAGAGAGUUUGUGUUAAUAUAUUUGCUGGGAAACUGAUGCAAUCAUAUUUUGGAUUGUUAAGCUCUCCACCUCAUGCAAUUUCCAAAGAACUUUACACAUUGUUAAAAAGCUGCUCAGAUCCAUUAGAUGAUAAAUCUUCGCAUAUCAUUGCAAGCAAACUGAAGCACCUGUUGGUUACGGAAGUACAAAAGUCAAAAUUGCAGCAUUGAUUUUGUGCAUCUAAAGUAAUGCUCAAUCUGACUACUGCAUUUAUUGAGUAGCAAAGUAUGCCAAUAAUAUCUAUGUGUGGAUGUUGUUUGCAGUGCAAAAUAUGAAAUAUUGUGUGUUAUUUAUUAUCUGGUUUUAAAAAUGUUAAACAUGUUGGUACAAAGUUUGUGAUAUGUGGAAAUUUUACUUUGAAUAUCUUUUAUUUAUUAUUUCAGUUAGAUGACAAAGAUAUUGGAUCAUGUACAGUGAAAAUGAAUAACAAAUGUUAAGAACAUCAUCUUAAAUUUAAUGAAAUUCAGUCUUAGAUUAAUGUUCAUUUUUAUAAAAGACUACAUAUUUCAAGAGAAUUUAGCAUAAGUCUGAAGAGUAACUACUUAAAGAAAGAUAAAUUAAUGUCCAUUUCUCUGGAAAUGUCUAAAACUUUAUUCUAAAAUCAGUGCCAGUCUAAGUUGAAUUUCACAUAAUUUAAACUUCCAAAAAUGCUUAAAAAAUAUUACCAGUUAAGUCCUUUGAAUUAGGUUACAUGGUUGACUUACAUGUUGACAAUGUUGUUAAACUGACAUAUAGUAAAAGCCCAACUUUCCUGCAUUAAACUAACCAAAAAACUGAAAUAACAGAAUAUUUCAGAAUUUUAGAAACUUUUUUUAAGUGAAAUUUAUUUAAAUAAGAACCAUAAAGCAUGUAUAAUUACUAUUCGGAAUCUUUCUUAUAACAUCUAAAAUGUGAAUGUUGUUGCAUGGCUCUCUUUCAGAACAUAUUGAUUAUUCUCCCUCCCCCAUACCAUUAUAUUUAUCAUAUUGUUCAAAUGAUUUGUCCUUGGAACUAGAUACUCCACUUCUCAUAGAAAGAGAAGUUGAGAGAACUCUUAUCGACUCUCAAUUCUUUGGGAAUAAUAAGAAGCUUUCCCGAGAAACAUGUUCCUUCCAGAGUAUAUCCUCUCCAAUCAAAAAUAAGCUUUUGGUGCAAUUUUUCUGCCAGCAUUGUAAAAUAUUGCAGCUAUGUAUGCAAAACAGAUUGCUGUUGUAGCUGGAAACCUCUCAUUCCAACUAAUGCUGGUAGAAAUGUAUUUUUUUAAUGUUUUCAUUCUGCUAUGCAUUGCUAAAUGUGAUAAGACCAUUAAUAUGGCACAGGAACAUCUGUUAGUAUGCACAGGAGAGAUUCCAAAGUUCAUGAUGGGCACUGAGUCUGUCAUCAUGAGGACUACUCUCAUCGGUAUGUUUAAUGUUGAACAUUUUCAGCAAACAAAAACUGUGCUAGCGAACAGUCUGAUUUAGCACUAAUGUUAGAUAAGUACAAUAUCACAAUACAAGCAUAAGAUACUUAACUUGCCUUGGUUUUAUGUAAAAUCAGUAAAAUUUAAUUCUUGAUGGGUUGGUCUCAUUUUUGUAAAGAAUAGCAUAUGUUAAUUGCUAUAUGUCUGUUUCUCCUUGCAUUUGAAAAAAUGAUUAAAAUUGAAAUCUGAACUCACUUUCAAAGGAAUGAUAUGAACUGGAGUUAUUUUCAAAAUUACUGAACCUUCUUAUCAAGAAAAGUUGAAGUAAUGGCUUAAAUUGAAAAUGGAUAAAUAUUGAUGAUUGAGCAUGACAAAUUAUGACAAAUGGUUUAAAUUUUUACAUGUUAUAUCUAUAACUUGGAUCUGUUGAUUAUCUAACUAAAUAAUGAGUGACAUGUUUCUUCUUACUUCUACCUAAAUGAAAAGGCACGUGUUGGUGGGAUCUCCACCAACUCUUGUGGUGGACAGCAUUUCAUAAUUGAUAAGAGUUUUUACUUUCAUAUGUUUAAGGUCUAUGAAAAUUGGUUUUCAUGUCUAAAGACGUUUUUUUUAAUUAUUAUUUUUUUAACCUUUACAUAUUUUAUAUGUAGACUUUGUUAAUAAUAAUUAAGAUGACCAUUUUUAUAAUUUUUGCCUCGAAAUUUCUUUAUCCAUUCAUUUGCUUUUCCUAUUAGGAAUUACAUUUUUUGUUUGCUCAACCAUCCAGAAUUUUCAUGUAUACAGCAUUUUUUAGCUUUCCAGAUAGUCAAACUUUUACUGUAUAAGAAAUUUGGAGACCACAAAAAGACAUUAUUCAUGUCCUAUUGACUUUUUUUAAUCAUCAUCUAAAAAUAACAUGGCUUAUCCUGUUGAAAGAAAAUAUUUGUAGAGGAAAUUAUCAUCGAGAUAAAAGGAUAUAAUACAUGGUGUAGAAUGACAUUUAGAUAAAUCGUCCAUAUUAUAGUUUUCUUCAUAUGAAUAACUGAACAAGAUUUCCUAGUAAAAUAUUACACCAGCUCUUACUAAUUUACUUUUAUCGCCUAACUAAUUGCAAUGUCAACAUUGCAACAGAUCGUUUACAUGGCUGUUUAUGUCAUGCAAGAGAAAGUGAGGUAAAAAUAUAUCUAUGAGUGCCCCUUGGCGAUAAUUGGCAAUUUUGGGCGGUACAUGGGUACCAAGUUUGUGUAAUUCUUAGACUUGUUAUUUUGGCUUUGUGUAGCGGUGAUUUUGGACACAAAACUCGCUGCUACGCAAAGCCAAAAUAACAAAUCAAAGAAUUGCACAAACUCGGUAUCCAUGGACACAUUGACCUAUUUUCACUUAGAAAAGCAUCAGAGAAUCACACAAACUUGGCGUUGCGCACUCCCUUGACUUUGUGCAUGUACAAAUUGAUCUAUUUUCACUUAAAAAGUCAAAGGAGCAGCCAACAAAAAAUAUAUAAUCUCAAUAAACUACAUUUUAAAUCAAAUAACAUAAA